AAGAAAAUAGAAACAAACAACCAUUUUUAAACAGAGUUGACAUAUAUUGAUAUAUUGAUCAAAAGUCAAAAAAACAAACAUUUGUUACACAAUCUCAAAAAAAUUUCACCAGAAUUGUUGUUGAUCAUAAGAUACUUUGUGAAGAAAGAGAAAAGUGAAAAAGAGGGAGUGAAUCGGAUGGACUACUAUGGGAUUUUGGAAGUUGACAAGAAUGCCUCAGAUGAAGAAUUGAAGAAAGCCUACAGAAAGCUUGCAAUGAAAUGGCACCCUGAUAAGAACCCAACCAAUAAAAAGGAGGCUGAGAUUAGAUUCAAACAGAUAUCUGAAGCCUACGAGGUUCUGAGUGAUCCUCAGAAGAGAGAAAUUUAUGAUAGGUAUGGAGAAGGUGGGCUUAAAGGUGGAAUACCAACACGGGAUGAAGGUAUGGCUUCCUUCUUCCGAACUGGGGAUGGCCCACAACCAUUUAGGUUCAAUCCCAGAAAUGCAAACAACAUUUUUGCAGAAGUGUUUGGGAGUUCAACCCCAUUUGGAGGAAUGGGAAUGGGAAGGGGGUUUGAGUGUGGUAGCAGAGGCAGAGGCAUGGGCAUGAGGGGGGGAUCGUGGGUAUCAAGAUCCUUUGGUGGAAUGUUUGGCAAUGACAUCUUCAGAGAAGGCAGGCCAAUGAAUGAAGCUCCACGCCGCAAGGCUCCUCCUAUCCAAAAUACACUGUUUUGCAGCCUUGAGGAACUCUACAAGGGCAGUACCAGAAAGAUGAAAAUAUCAAGGGAAGUUGCACUUGCAAGCGGGAGAGUUUUUCCUGUGGAGGAAAUAUUGAACAUUGAAAUCCAACCGGGAUGGAAGAAGGGAACCAAAAUCACUUUCCCAGAGAAAGGAAAUGAGCAGCCAAAUGUCAUUGCAGCUGAUCUUGUGUUUAUAAUUGAUGAGAAACCUCACGGUAUAUUUACAAGAGUUGGUAAUGAUUUGGUUGUGACAAAAAAGAUAUCUCUUACGGAAGCUGAAGCUCUACCAGGUUACACCAUCCAACUUACAACUCUUGAUGGCAGGGAUCUGAACAUCGCCAUAAACAACGCCACUGAUCCAGAUUACGAAGAAGUCGUCACCGGGGAAGGCAUGCCAAUUGCGAAAGAUCCUUCAAAGAGGGGUAACCUUAGGAUCAAAUUCAACAUCGAAAUCCCAGAUGUAGUCGGUGCCUGAGUGGAAAGCCAGAAUUAAGAAACUUUUGGCACCAUGAGUGCCAACUGUGGCAGAGAGUAUCUAGUAUAUAAUAAUAGUAGUCUUUGGUAUUCACAUUUUUUUUCCUUCUUCAUUUAGAUGGUAUGUGACUGGUGAAGUUUCUGAGUUGCGUUAACAAUGUCAUCCACGUAAGUAUAAUAUUUUUUAAAUUA